UGUGGGUGUAGCUGAGCUGAAAGCUCUUGCAUAGACCUUGCAUCACAGAAAGUGGCAAUUUCCAAAUGCCUGCAGUGUGUGCAGCCUGUGACACGAGCUAAAGAAACACAGGAGGUUUCUAGGUUGCUGCUGUGAUGCCGAGCAGGUCCAGUGCCCAGCUCUAGCUGCUGGAUCCAGCACAGCGGAACGUGGAUUUCGACUCGGCUGUAUUAUCUGAAGAAUUCACAGUGGCCUCAUCAGAAGGAGGCGCAUUCAGCUCUGCCUGCACUGUUAAGCCUACAGUCUCUGCAGACUGGAAAUUUUGCUGUUUCAUUGUCAUCAGUGAACAAUUGUGGUAUCACUGUGCUCUAGCACUUUUUCCACUGGAAAAUGGAAAAGAAGAGAAAUAUGGCAAAGUUGUUGUGGCUGCUGAUGUUCUUUUCUGAUAUUGUGCCAUCCAGCUGUGAGAAAUCAAUGAGAGAAAGAGCUAUUGAGCUGAUGCAAGAUGCACGUUUGAUCGAUGGCCACAAUGACUUUGUACUGCAGCUGAGAAUACUUUACCAAAAUAGACUCAGCAGAGUCAACUUGAGAGAACUCAACAUGACCCACACAAACCUUGCGAAACUUCAGGCUGGUUAUGUGGGAGCUCAGUUUUGGUCAGUGUAUGUUCUUUGCAGCGCUCAGAACAAGGAUGCUGUGCGCCUGACCUUAGAGCAAAUCGAUGUUGUCAAGAGGAUGUGUAACAGCUAUGAAGAGCUGGAGCUUGUGACGACUUCCCAAGGUAUCUCUGACAGUAGAAGGAUUGCAUGUUUGAUUGGAAUAGAAGGUGGCCACUCCAUUGACAGCAGCUUGGCAGCCCUGAGGAUGUACUAUGACUUGGGUGCUCGUUACAUGACUCUCACACACUCCUGCAACACUCCUUGGUCUGAAUCAUCAUCUAAAGGAAUACACAACUUUUAUCCCAGUGUUAUUGGUCUGACUGCAUUUGGCCAAGAAGUGGUAAAGGAGAUGAAUCGUCUGGGCAUGCUGAUAGAUUUAUCUCACACCUCAUAUUCCACUGUAAAAGCUGCACUCAAUAUUUCAAAAGCACCAGUAAUUUUCAGCCACUCGGCAGCAUUUUCUGUUUGUAAUCACUCAAGAAAUGUUCCUGAUGAUAUCCUCCAACAACUGAAAAAGAACAAGGGAAUUAUCAUGGUGACUUUCAAUGCAGAUGUACUGGCCUGUGGCAGAAAAGUUGUUAAUAUUUCUACCCUUGCAGAUCAUUUUGACCAUAUAAAGGAAAUUGCAGGCUCAGAAUCGAUAGGAAUUGGUGGUGACUAUGAUGGAGUGGAACGCUUUCCCGAGGGACUGGAAGAUGUCUCUAAAUACCCUUCUUUGAUAGAAGAACUUCUUAGAAGAGGAUGGAAUGAAACUGAACUGAAAGGAGUCUUAAGGGAGAACUUUCUCCGUGUCUUCAGGGAAGUAGAAAAUGUGCGGAACACUUUUGGAGCAAUGGAUGCAGGUGAAAGUGAAAUUCUGCAAGAAGCACAAAAUUCCUGUCGCCUAGACCUACGUAAGCCUCAGCCUCAGCCAUCCAGGUCCUUUGGAUUUCCUUCUGUGGCACAACCUUUCAGUCUGACGCUUGUAUCAUGUUUACUGCUCUGUUAUGUAUCAUAAGAUCUAUGGAGUCUAGAGAGAGAUUUUUGGAAUAUUCUGCAACGCAACUACUUAUCUUUCUGUGAUUUGUUAAUGGAAGACUAUGAUAAUUUUUGAACAUAAUUUCUGUAAAUUCAUCUGCAUACUUGAAAAAUCAUGUAAAUUAUAAAUGAUGUAGCAAAAGUGUUUAGAAUUUGAAGUGAUGAAUUCUGUAUCACUUUGGCUGGACCAGGACCAACAUUGCUAAUGGAAACCAUCCACAUUUAAAUAAUAAAUUCUAUAAUAAUUGA